GUGUUUCACCUUCGCAACAUCCGCUGGGAGAGUCCAAGGUUCCUGUCCAAAUCGUUCCUGGCCUUCGUUACCUUCAACCUCAUCAACUACUCGUUGUUGGCAGCCGAGGUCCUUACGACGAACAUCGCUGAUACUUCUGCCGAGAAGAGGACCUUCUACCAGCACAUAUUCAAUGGUUGUUACGCCGUUCUACUCUUCAUCGUUGUCGUGUUCUUCCUCAUCUACGGUGUAGAAGUAUUCUUUAAGCUCCGCGGUGAGUUCCUGAAGGAGACCAAAGUAUGCACCAUAAUAUCGCCCCGUCCCGGAACCUCAGCCGACGGAGAUGAAGCCCAGGAUACGCUUGUCACUAAACAGGGAAUUCAAACGGAUUUGCUGGACGGAGACGGAACGGUGGACCCUCGGUCCGUGGACCUCUCGCAGCUGCACCAGUCGCGCGUGGGCCUGAUCAGCCUCGCGCUGAUGCUCAUACUGAUCGUCUGCUUCCUGGCUUCUGAAACCCUAAGCGAAUUCUGGAAGACUAAGGUGCCGGUGGUGUCCCGCAACUGGCACGACCUGGUGUUCCGGCUCGCCGAGAUCGGGGUCGCAGUAUGGUUCCCGUGCGCGCUGUGGAACUCGAUGGCGCCCGAGCGGCUCUGGCUCCUGAACCCGCGCCGGCUGCUCGCCAGGCAGCUGGACGACGCCAAGCUCGCCGACCUGCUCGCGCAGCACCACCACGAUGCCAAGACGUUGGCCGACCUCAGCCAACUGGGCUGGCGCCAGAAAGCAUGGUACUUUCUCGAGUUGGCCAAAUAUUGGAUCGUUUGGAGGUUCGCUCUUACUGUCUUUUUCAAACCUCUUCCUUUGCCUGUAAACGGGAAAGAGACACAAAACUCGGACGCUGCUAAUGCGGUUGGCUCGAACACAAAUUCGAACGUGGAGAGUGACUCGCUCGUGGACAGCGUCGGCUCGAGCCGGGAUUGCUGGAUUUGCUACGACAGUUCCCGGGCGGAGCCCCUCAUCAGGCCGUGUCGCUGCACCGGCGACGUGUCCGCCGUGCAUCAUGACUGCCUGAGCAGGUGGCUCGUCGAGAGUGCCGCCUCGCCUGACGGCUUGAAGUGCAAAGUCUGCAACACUCCCUACAUCGUCCAGGAGACCAAUCGAGUGGAGUGGGAGCGCGGGUUCACGUGGUCGCACUGGGCGGGCACCGCGGCCGCCGUCACCGCGCUCACCGGUGCCGCGGCCGGCGCCUGGGCCCUCGCGCAGCUCUACCCCUCCUCCCUCGUGCGCGUGCUCGCCGCCGGCGCCGCGCUGCUCGUCUGCUACGUCGCGCUCAGAUUCCUGGGCACGAACACGGUGUCGGCGUACCACCGGGCCCGCGUCUACGGCCUGAAGAUCCUGACGGAGCCCUUCGCCGACGUCCAGGACUCGGAGCAGGGUCAGCUGUCGACCAUCAGCAGGACGGUGACCGUCGAGAUCGCGCCGAAGGACGUCCUCGACCAAGCGCUCAAGGGCGAAGCGAAAUAGCACGAGAAAAUAACGAACUGCGAUUUUUAAAUAGCGCGCUAUAUAACGUUGUCCGUCGCAAAUAACGUAGCAGCUAAGUUUUGGCAGUGAAAUGAAAAAGUGGUGAUGUGACGUGAAAAACAAAACGAAAAAAAAAAACGGAGGUAGUGUGUGGAAGUUAACUUAUGAAACUUUUAAUGGACGCCGCAGAGAAUGCGAUGAAAACAAAAGUUAAAAAUAUAUAAUAUAACGAAAUUUCGUUCCAGUACAAACGUGAUGAAUAUGAGGAAGCAUAUUGUAAGUUCAGUGCAUAUCGUUACAUAGUGCAUACUGUAAGCAGUGACAAUGAUUGAGUGUUGUUAAAAAAAAAGCAAAAAAAAAAAACGAACAAUUAGUGAUGCUAUAAUAAAUUAAGCAUGCUAUUUAGCAGCUAGAGGUACGCUACAUAUAAUAGUUGGAUAGUGCGAUAGGAAUUUGUUACGUAAAUAGAUUGUACCGUUUGAGUAUUGAGCUUUUUUGUUUUUGUUAAUACGUAUUUAGUACAAAGACGGUGACCGUCACGCUUCGAUUGUCAACCAACGGUGAUCGUUUACGUAUUUUAGAAUAAUGAUAAUAUGUAUAAAAAUAUAUUUUUUUUAAAUUAAAUGUUCGAACUGAAACUAAUUGUAGUUAAAAAUUGUUAAAAUUUUUAAUAUUGUAUGUAAUACACCUACCUACCUACCUAUAAAAAUUAUAAAAAAAUGACUUAAA